AUGCUCGGUGCUCUGAAUCCACAGGAGCCGGCUCUUCCACCUCAGCAGCAGGCCAAGGCCAAGGCCAACACUAUCACCACCUCCGACACCGUUAUCCCGCUUUCGCCUGUAGCGGGGCGGGACUCCACGGGGAGAAUACAGGAGGGCCGAGCCAACGACCACCCCGCAGGGGUAUCUCCACCGCCGUGCGGUCGCCGCGUAAAAGGAAGUACUGUGGCAGGAACAAACGAGGGCGCAGAGGCUAGGGCAACCAAGAGGAGGCGCAAGACCUCUCCUAGCACCACCUCCGCUGAAGAAGCGGAACGAAGCGCGAUGGAGCUUCGAGUGGGGAAGAAGUACCGCCUCGGUCGCAAGAUCGGGAGCGGGUCCUUCGGGGACAUCUACCUGGGGACCAACAUGACCACGGGAGAAGAGGUGGCCAUCAAGCUGGAGUCGACAAAGACGAAGCACCCUCAGCUGCUCUACGAGUCGAAGAUCUACCGCAUAUUGCACGGUGGAUUGGGUAUUCCCACGGUGAGAUGGUACGGUGUGGAGGGGGACUACAAUGUGAUGGUUCUCGACUUGCUCGGGCCCUCGCUAGAGGACCUGUUCAACUACUGCAGCCGGCGUUUCAACCUCAAGACGGUGCUCAUGCUGGCGGACCAGUUGCUGAGCCGGUUGGAGUACGUGCACACAAAGAGCUUCAUCCAUCGGGACGUGAAGCCGGAUAACUUCCUAAUUGGCCUCGGCAAGCGCCAGAACAUCAUCCACAUCAUUGACUUCGGUUUGGCGAAGAAGUACCGGGACCCGCGGACACACCAGCACAUCCCGUACCGCGACAACAAAAACCUGACGGGUACGGCGAGGUAUGCCUCCAUCAACACGCACAUCGGGAUCGAGCAGAGCCGACGGGAUGACCUCGAGUCUUUGGGGUACGUGCUGAUGUACUUCAUAAGGGGGAGCUUGCCGUGGCAGGGGCUGAAGGCCAACACCAAGAAGCAGAAGUACGAGCGCAUCAUGGACCGCAAGAUGAGCACCUCCACGGAGCAGCUGUGCAAGGGCUACCCAUCGGAGUUCCGGUCGUACUUCGAGUACUGCCGCUCGCUUCGCUUCGAAGACCGCCCAGACUACGCGUACCUCAAGCGCCUGUUCAAGGAGCUCUUCUACCGGAAAGGGUUCCAGUACGACAAUAUGUUCGACUGGACCGUCCUCAACUUGCAGAACGAGCGCUGCCGCACCGGCGGUGGGGGGGGCGGCGCGGACCAGCGACCGGUGUCGGCACCCAGGGCUGAGGAGCCGAUCGGCUACGGGGGGGCGUCUGGGGCCGUGAGGACAGCGGCGGACGGGGUUGGGGGCGCCUCUGGGGAAGGAGGAGGCACUCGAUCAGGGAGGGUUGCCAGACAGAGCGCCGUGGGGGGCUUGGGCUACGGUGCUGACACCCGUGGGGCAACGACGGGUUCGCGACCAGGAGCUGCCCCAAGGGCCUCCGACAGGAGUCAACCGUCGCGAUUCGAGGGGUGA